AGAAAAAUUUUAUUUUAUUUUGAUUGUUUACAAUUAGAAAAAUUUAAGAUUAUCUUUCAAAAAAAGUGUAAUUAUUUUUAAUUUUUUCUCUUUUCUUUUUUCCUCUCUUUCAGUGCCUCAUGGUGGACAUUGAACAUCGGGUUAAAAAGCCUGAUACUUUACCGGAUCUUUUUUGUAUUUCCUUUUAAUCGGUUCCCUUGCGUUGUUUUCCUGUAUUUAUUUAUUUUUUUGAUUAUUACAAACCCGGAGUCCGAUUGGAUUUUCCAUCAACAAACACUGUUGUCCACCAAAGUCCAUCAAACAGAAUAUUUAAUUUAAACUGUUGUCUGUGUAUCUCUUUCUCUCACCUUGAGUGUAUUUGUUGACUGUCUUGUGAUAUGGCUUUAACUGGAGAUGAAAUUAUUGUCCUCUCCACAAUUGACGCAACCGAUUAUGGUUUUAUCGAUGUCUCAAGCAAUACUAGAUUGAAAACGCUUUUAAAUAAAGGUGUCGCAGCCUUGGAGACUUAUAUCAAAACCAGUUUAACCAAGGAUGGUGGUGGUGGUGGUGGUGGUGAGGAUAAUAACAAUAAUGAUGAUGAUCCUGACAAUGGUGGGACCAAUAUUGACCCUAAAGUAUAUGCCAAGCUUGGACAUUUUCAUUUGUUGUUGAAAAAUUAUCAUCAAGCAAUGUCAGCCUAUCAACGCUAUUAUCAAAUCAAUUAUGACAAUUACCAUGAUCUGGAAGCUCUAUACGGACUGGGUUUAGUUUAUUUUCAUUUUAAUGCAUAUCGUUGGGCCAUUAAAGCAUUCCGCCAAAUACUUUAUAUUAAUCCAUCUUUUUAUCCCUCCAAUGAAUUACACAUACGAUUAGGAGUAAUUUUUAAGAUUUUAUGUGAUUAUGAUUCAUCUCUUAAACAUUUUCGAAUUGCCUUGGCUGAUAGUCGUCCAUCAACUCUUAACAAAGUUCAAAUCAAAUUUCAUAUAGCUCAUUUAUACGAAGUCCAAGGAAAAUAUAGAUUAGCUAAAGAACAUUAUGAGAAAUUGUUAUCCGAUAAAAAUGUUACCGGUGAAUUAAAGUCUGAUGUGCAAAAACAAUUAGGAUGGAUGUUCCAUAUUGUAGAUUCGUUUGGUGAUAAACAUUCUCGACAAUCAUUGGCAAUCUCUUACUUGGAAUCAGCAUCCAAAGGGGAAUUCAGUUCAAGACAAAGUUCUUACUUUUUGGGUCGAUGUUAUUCAAGCCUGGGCCCUGAAUAUAUUGGUCAAGCAUUUGAAUCAUACAAAGCAUGUGUUGAACAAAAUGAUAUAGACGCUGAUACAUGGUGUUCAAUAGGAAUACUUUAUCAACUACAACCUAAAUUUCCACAACCAGUCGAUGCUUAUCAAGCUUAUAUUUGUUCAGUUCAAAUCGACAAAAGUCACACAACCGCUUGGACCAAUCUGGGAAUACUUUAUGAGAGUGUUAAUCAACCUCAGGACGCUCUUAAGUGUUACAUGAAUGCAACUAAAGGACGAGGAUCAGUGAGUUCUGCUCUCAAUGAGCGAAUCAAAUUUCUACAAACUCAACUUGCCAAUGCCCCUCCAAAUAAUUCACAAAGCAACCAAGAAAUACCAUGUAUCGAGGACGCUUGGAACAAACAAAUAUCCCAAGAAAUGGCUAAAAGACACAACUCAGUUCAAAGACCUAAUCAAGAUAUUUCAUCAGUUUACGAUCCUCAUCACCCUUUAAAUCAAAGUAAACGCCAGAGAAUGGAAUUAACUUACUCUAUGAUAAAGCCCGAAGGCUACCAACCAAAUUCUGGACCCACUGCCAAUAAUAAUAGUGUCACCAUGUCCUCCCAACAAAUUUCACUAAUGUCACAUUUACAAAAGAAUCAAAAUUCACUACAUAAUCAGGAUAAAGCUUUACUUGCCCAGUUAGAACAUCAAUACAGACUAUCAUCUACCCAACAUAUGAUACAACAGAAACUACAACAACAACCACAUCAACUUCAAAAUCAUCUAAAUCCACCAGAGAAAGUUAAUGAUUCAUCAACUGUGUCUGGUACUCUUGUUAAUAAUAACCAUUUAAAUUACAACAGUGAUCCUAGUUUAAGUAAUAAUAUCAUUUUAACGAAGCCUUCACUUAGUGGUCCUAAUUGUCCCACCAGUCAACUUACUAUAGACACGACCAGCCCUAAUUCAAGAACCCGUAAUGAUUUAGAUUCAUUAUCAAACAAGUCAAAUCUCAACAGUAAAAUUGAAAUUAAUAGCACAAAUAAUAUAAAUAGUAGUACAAAUAGUAAUAUAAACGCAAUUAGAGGUGACUUAUUAAGCUCACCUAUGAAAAUAGACACUGCCUUUAAAAGUGAUACAUCAACAACAACAACAACAAUUACAACAAAUACAAUAACAACUAUAACUCCAACAACAACUGCAACUCCAGCAGCAUCUCUAACACCGUCCCUUGGUCUCAAUGAAAAUGAAAUUCGGAACCUUUUAUCUUCACGAAAUUCAACUGCUUCAAUAGCUGAGGAUUUGAUAACAGAAUUUGGUUUAAAUAACAAAAAUCGACCAAAUAACAAUAGAAACAUCAUCAGUAGUAAUAAGCAAGGAAUCGAUGGAAUAUCUUGUGAAACCUUCACUGCCAACAAUCCAAAUUGUGCCGUAAACCGAAGAAAUUCAACCGACAUUGAUUCAUUAACAAACGAAUGCUCAAAUCGUAAAUCAACAAACAACAACAACAAUAUUUCUAAUAAUAAUCAUUCUCAUUCUCAUCACAACAAUCACACUAAUAAUAAUAAUAAUAAUGUAGUAAAUAAUAACAAUAGUAAAUGGGACCAUUAUUCAAAUUAUUCACCAUCGAUACGAUUAUCCAUUGAUAUGAAUGCUUCUCGUGCAUUGGAAGCAUGUAAAGGGUAUGGAAGAACGGGUCGAAUUGAUUCCAGUUUAUUAUCUGAUGAUCCUCGUCCUCCCUCGCCCAUUGAAGCUCCGUACCCGCCAUUGCCCAAAGACAAGUUAUUACCUCAAACACCCAGUGUUUUUCUUGAGAAUAAGAAAGAUGCCUUUUCGACACAAUUACAAGAAUUUUGUUUAGCUCAUCCAAUAGCCGUUGUUCGAGGUCUAGCAAGUGUAUUGAAAUUAGAUCUUGGCCUUUUUUCAACAAAAACACUAGUUGAAGCAAAUCCAGAGCAUUUGAUAGAAGUGCGAACACAAUAUUUACAAUUAGCUGAUGAAAAUUGGGAUCCAGAGAAACGACAAAUGGUUUGGAGAUGUGAAAGUCAUCGAUCUCACAUGUCAAUAGCUCGAUAUGCUCAUUAUCAGGCUUCCUCGUUCCAAGAAUCAUUGAGAGAUGAACAGAAUAAGAGUCAUAGUCUUUUAAACAACUCAGAUUCUGAUUCAAAUUCUUCAGCAAAUUCUAAAAUGAGACGCGGGAAAAAGAAUCGACCCUUUAAGACAAUUAAAUUUGGUACUAAUGUUGAUCUUUCAGAUAGUAAAAAGUGGCGACCACAAUUACAGGAACUUAUGAAGUUACCAGCGUUCGCUCGAGUUGUUUCGGCGGGUAAUAUGCUAAGUCAUGUUGGUCAUGUUAUUCUGGGAAUGAAUACAGUUCAAUUAUAUAUGAAAGUUCCAGGAUGUCGAACUCCAGGUCACCAGGAGAAUAAUAAUUUCUGUUCUGUUAAUAUUAAUAUUGGUCCAGGAGAUUGUGAAUGGUUCGGUGUACCUGAAAGCUACUGGGGAGCCAUAAAUAGCCUUUGUCAAAAAAAUAACUUAAGUUAUUUACAUGGAUCAUGGUGGCCUAUUCUAGAAGAUCUUCUCAGUGAAAAUAUUCCCGUCUAUCGAUUUCUUCAACGUCCCGGUGAUAUGGUUUGGGUUAAUGCAGGUACAAUCCAUUGGGUCCAAGCCGUUGGUUGGUGUAAUAAUAUCGCUUGGAACGUUGGUCCAUUGACCGCAUCACAGUAUCAACUUGCCGUCGAACGGUUUGAAUACAAUAAACUGGAAAACUUUAGGUCCAUUGUUCCUAUGAUCCAUCUUACCUGGAAUUUGGCGAAAAAUUUGAAAGUCUCCGAAGAGGAAUUGUUUAAGAAAAUUAAAAUCUGCUUAUUACGAUCCUUGAAAUGUUGUCAAAUGAUAAUGGAUUUUGUUGCUUCUUGUGGCCGUGAAAUAAGAUGGCAUGGCCGUGGUAAAAACGAAGCAGCUCAUUAUUGUGUUGAUUGUGAAGUUGAAGUAUUUAAUAUUUUGUUCGUUCGAGAGAUGGACAAGAAACACGUUGUUCAUUGCGUUGAUUGUGCUCGAAAAGCUUGUCCCAGUCUGGAAGAGUUUGUAAUUUUAGAGGAAUACAAAAUUGAAGAAUUGAUUGAACUUUUUGACGAUUUCCAAUUACACGGAAUUAAUCCUAUACAUUAAUGUUAAUUAACUAAAUUAUUAUCUACACACACACAAAUUGUAAUUGAUUCUCUCACCAAAUCCCAUCAACCCUUUUUCUCAUCAUUAUCAUUGUCAUCUCAUCUUCAUCACUAUUAUCAUUCUCAUCGUUACAUUACCAUCACACCUUAUUUCAAAAUUGAAAUUCAACACACAAAGCAAAUCAAUUAGUAUCAUGUUUCCCGUCAUCAAUUUAAUUUUUUUUUUGUUUUUAGUGGAUACAAAUUAACUUUAUCGAUUUUAAUUCAAUUCAAUUUACAAAGCAAUCCUUUUUUUUAUGAUCAAUUUGCUGAUUACAAUAUUUAAAGAGACAAAAUUAUGACUUACAAAUAAACAAAAUCGAUUUAUUCUAAUUGAAUCUAAUUUCUCUUAGAAAAAUACAAUUAAUAUCACA